AUGCAACGCCGUCGUCACAUUAAAAGCGACCACAACGAUGAUGUCCAAAAUACAACUCGCGUGGACUCGUCCUCUGAAACGACACCGCAACCGAAAUCAAUAAACCCAAAGAACGAGAGGAAAGAGUCGUUCAUCACGAAACCCAAAAGCAAGCGCCGCAAUGGCCUCAUCUUCAUGCUCGGCGGAGUCUUCGGAAUAUUGUGCGCGGUGUUCUUCGCCCAGCAGCAGGACGUCAUCAGUUUGGAUUCCCUGAUGGAUUUGAAUAUAGACUCGUUGAUGGAUGUUAUUCCGCAGAGUAUAAUGCGGGAUGCGCGGGAGUUCUCGCAACAUGAGCGCGAAACAGUCAGCUAUGAUGCAUUCUCCGUCGGCUUGAAUCUCCGGUCGCAAGGAGUCGAAGCGAAGUAUCCCAUAAUUAUGAUCCCGGGGGUUAUCUCGACGGGGCUGGAAAGCUGGGGUACUAGUCCUACAUCACUGAUGUACUUCCGUCGGAGACUCUGGGGUAGUUGGAGUAUGAUGCGAGCGCUGGUGAUGGACAAAGCAGAGUGGAAAAACCAUAUCAUGCUGGAUAAGGAGACUGGACUUGAUCCGCCUGGGAUUAAGCUGCGCGCGGCCCAAGGGUUCGAUGCUACGGACUUCUUCAUCACAGGGUAUUGGAUCUGGAACAAGAUCUUGGAAAAUCUUGCAAGCAUCGGAUACGACCCGACAAAUGCGUUUACAGCAGCUUACGACUGGCGGCUGUCCUACUUGAAUCUGGAAAUUCGAGACCAAUACUUUAGCCGGUUGAAGUCGUAUAUCGAGACGGCCGUCCAAGUGCGUGGUGAGAGGGUAACGUUGACUUCGCAUAGUAUGGGCUCACAGGUGACUCUCUUCUUCUUCAAAUGGGUCGAGAGCCCGAAGCAUGGGAACGGAGGUUCGGACUGGGUGAAUCGCCAUGUUUCCAACUGGAUCAACAUCAGCGGCUGCAUGCUCGGGGCCGCCAAAGGCCUCACAGCCGUCCUAUCCGGCGAAACGCGAGACACGGCACUCCUCAACGCCUUUGCCGUCUACGGACUCGAAAAGUUCCUCUCUCGCGAAGAACGUGCCGAAAUCUUCAAAGCGAUGCCCGGCAUCUCCAGCAUGCUCCCCAAGGGCGGCGAAGCCGUCUGGGGCAAUUCCACCUGGGCACCCGACGACCAGCCAGACCAACAAAUGACCUAUGGCAACCUCCUCAACUUCCGCGAAAGCAACUCCAGCCUCACGCAGAAGAACCUCACCGUACCAGAAAGCCUCGCCUACCUCUUCGACCAAAGCGAGGACUGGUACCGCGACCAAGUCCUCGGCAGCUACUCGCACGGGGUCGCCCACACAACCGCCGAAGUCGAGGCCAACGAGAAUGACCCGCGCACAUGGCUCAACCCGCUCGAGGCUCGUCUCCCCCGCGCACCAGACAUGAAAAUCUACUGCUUCUACGGCAUCGGCAAACCCACCGAGCGCUCCUACUUCUACCAGGAGGAACGCGACCCCCUCGUCAACCUAAACGUUAGCAUCGACACAACCGUCACAACCACAGGCGGCACAGACCACGGCGUCGUCCUCGGCGAAGGAGACGGCACGGUCAACCUCCUUAGCACGGGCUACAUGUGCGCCAAGGGCUGGAAUAUCAAACGGUACAACCCAUCUGGCAUUCCUGUCAAGGUAUACGAGAUGCCCCACGAGCCGGACCGGUUCUCGCCUCGUGGUGGCCCGAAUACAGGCGACCACGUCGACAUCCUCGGCCGCGCAUCGCUAAACGACCUCAUCCUGCGUGUUGCGGGUGGGCGCGGCGACGAAAUCGAGGAGAAUUUCGUGUCGAAUAUUAAGAAGUAUGCGGAACGGGUUAAGAUUUAUGAAGAGUGA